CUGGUGGGUUCUGGAGGAGACUGUGCAGGGAGGCUGGAGGUUUUUCACAGUGGCUCAUGGGGGACAGUGUGUGAUGACUCCUGGGAUAUUAAAGAUGCUCAUGUGGUGUGCAGACAGCUGCAGUGUGGAGUGGCCCUCAGUAACCAGCAGGUACCAGCCUGGUUUGGUCCUGGUUCUGGACACAUAUGGCUGGAUGAGGUGGAGUGUGAGGGGAAUGAGACGUCCCUGUGGAGCUGCUCUUCUCCAGGCUGGGGAAAACAUGACUGCAUACACAAGGAGGAUGUAGGAGUCGUGUGCUCAGAGUUUAAAGAGAUCAGAUUAACUGAGGGCUGUGAAGGGAAUGUGGAGGUUUUCUUCAAUGGAUCCUGGGGUAAUGUGUGCUGGAACCAGAUGGACAGAGACACAGCGAGUCUGAUCUGUCAAGAGCUGAACUGUGGAAGAUCUGGUGUUUUGUCUGAUUCUACAGCAAGAGUGGAAUCAGCUCCUAACUGGCUGGAUAAAGUUACAUGUCGACCACAUGAUUCAUAUCUGUGGCAGUGUCCAUCUUCACCCUGGGGACAGAAUGACUGUGGUGAAGAUGAAGUGGCCAAAAUCACCUGCUCAAAGGAGGAGAAUCAGGAGGAUCAGGAGUCUCCUCGUAGUCAUCUGACAUGUUUGAUCUCACCAUCUCCUUACCAGAAACAGUGUUCAAAUCAUGUUCCUCUCAGACUGAGUGGAGGGGACGGCCGGUGUUCU